CCUCGAUCUUGCGCUCACUUCCAUCGCUCAUCAUGCCAGGCUACAACGACUUUAGCUCCUUCAACAACAACAAUGGCGGCUAUGACGGAAACCAGAUGCGUGGCGGCAUGGGCAACUUUAACAAUAAUGACCGAUUCGGCAGCAUGAGCGGCGGCGGCUUUGGCGAGCCACAUGCUCAGUUUGCUGGCGGCCAUAUGUCUCCGUCGCAGUCCCAGGGCCUCGGUUCUCCAUCAAAGGGCAAGAUUCGCAACAACUCCCUGCGAUCUGUUACGAUCCGUCAGAUGCUGAACAACAUCCCUGGAAUCGAACAGCCUCUCAGGAUCGACGAUACCGAGGCCGGCAGCGUCACCUUUGUCGGACGCAUCAAUAGCAUUUCCCCCAUGUCAGCUUACACUGAUAUAGUCAUCGGUGACGGCACCGGCACGAUUGAAGUCAAGAAGUGGAACGACAAACCGGCCGGCGAUCUGAUGGAUGGCUCCGACUUUGACGAUGUAGAUCCCGCUAUCGCGGAGGGAGCAUAUGUCCGUGUCUAUGGAGGACUGAAGGUCAGCGCCAAGGGCUACUUUGUCAACGUGUUCCAGAUCCGAGCAAUCACGGAUUUCAACGAAGUGACCUUCCAUAUGCUGGAUGUGAUUUCCACACACCUCGCACUGACCAAGGCGCCCGCGAAAGCAAUCGAUGCGGCCAAUGCAGCCGGUGCCAUCGGUCACUCUGAAGCGCAUGUUGGGAACUACGGGUUCGAUAGCUAUUCCGCCUCAAACAUCGGGCCAGGCAAUCCCGAAUUUUCGAGGCUUCAUUCGAUGAUCUUGAAUGCCAUGUCCACAACCUCCAGUCCUGCCGGAACUCAUAUACAGUCGAUCAUUCGGGCAAUGCAAACGUAUGCAAACGAAGCAACGGUCAGAAACACGCUUAUGCAGCUGGUUAAUGAAGGAUACGCCUACACCGGUGCUGACGACGAGCACUUCAUAGCCUCCAACAUAUGAGCCUGGAGCGAUGGUGCGACUACUGCCUUGCGACUGAGCCCAGCGAACUGCCCAAUCGCUGCACAAGCAUCUGUUCACAGCUGGCACCCGACGCCAGACGGUAGCCAGGCUACCGACUGUUCAACAGAACAGGACACCCUGCAUAAAUGCGCAAUAUGGCUAUCUCUGGAAUGAAAUACACAUGUGUCCAGUCGAA